UUUGGUUUCGCAGAGUUCUCGGACUCGGAGAACGCCAGGGUCGUGGGCGGCGCUCCCACUACCAUACGCGAUCAUCCUUAUCAGGUGUCGGUGAGGUACAUGAGCCGGCACAGAUGCGGCGGAGCAAUAAUCUCAUCGAAUUGGAUCGUUACGGCGGCCCACUGCGUGAGAGCCAUGAAUGCGUUCGGCAUUACCGUAAAAGCGGGCUCGACGACCUUGAGCGGCCGGGGACAGGUGGUCAGAGCGAAACAGAUCAUAAGGCACGAGAAUUACGCCAGAUGGAAAUCCGAUAGCGACAUUGCUCUUAUUCAAGUAAAUCCGCCGCUGUCGUUCGGCAGCAACGUCCAGCCGAUCGAUCUGGCCGACUUCUCGGAUGAUUACGAGCCGGGCAGCAAAGCCUCGGUGACCGGCUGGGGCGUGUUCACUCGGGCCGGCGAAAUAAGCAAUUAUCUGCGGGAAGUCGCCGUGCCCAUCAUCAGCAACGACGAGUGCAUGGAGCUGUACGAGGGCCGAGACAUCACCGAGAGGAUGCUCUGCGCCGGCUACGUGGGCGUCGGCGGUCGCGACGCCUGUCAGGGUGAUAGCGGAGGUCCGCUCGUGCUGUCCGGUCGGCUGAUUGGACUGGUAUCCUGGGGCAUCGACUGCGCCUCGCCAAGAUAUCCCGGCGUCUACACACGCAUAACUGCCCUGCGCAGCUGGAUCAAUAGCAAAACUGGCCUGUGA